AUGAACUUUCGACAAGCACACUUGCCUGCUUUUUUAGAUUUUGACUUGGUACCACUUAAUUUGGGUGCUGCGUACUCAUGGGUAGUACCAAAAGCUCGACGUGUGCCAUUUUGGAAAGCGAUUUUUCUUACUUUUAGUGGGUUUCUGUGGUUAGUUAUUUUAUUUUUUCUUGUGCUGCUUGCAACGACUUGGCGUUUUUUGCAAAAGGGGGAUUUUAUUUCGUCUUUUUUGACCAUUUUGCAAUUAAUUUUGGAAUCAGCAAAUAGUGAGAUAACCAAACUUAGGACAAAUUGUUCUCGAAUUAUGAUUUUAGCAACACUUUUGCCUUUUUUGGUGAUUUCAUCUGAGUUCAAGUCUGAGAUGAUUCGAUCACUUACUAGUUUUUCUUACGAGAAACAGAUUAAUUCCCUUAAGGAUAUUGUUGAUAACGGAUUAUCUUGCAAUAUUAUAAAUACCGUAAAAAUGACCUAUUUUUACUCCAAUGAUCCUUACAAAGAUUACGUCCAAAAUUGUGCAAUUCACGAAUUUGAAGAGAAAAAGGACGAAAUUUUUGACCGGAUUGCUUACAAACGCGAUGUUGUAACCACAUCAAGAACCACUCAGUUUAAACACGCUUUGAGCAAAUUUUAUGAGUUGAGACACAAGGAACCUUUGCUCCAUAUGGUACCAGGACCAAUGGUCUAUUACUAUAUUUAUUUGUCAAAAGGGACUCCGUUUUAUUAUAGAUUUCUUGAUAUUAGUAGUCGAUUACAAGCAUUUGGGUUUAAAAAAAUGUUAUUUGAACGAAACAAAUCUAAAGCUGAAGCAGUUCUGAAGUCACAUGCAAAAAUCAAAUCGGAUGAUCUAACUAUUGAGCAUAUUGCUGUAGCGUUUUAUUUGUGGUUUUUUGGGACUGGUGUAGCGUAUGUGGCGUUUUUUGGAGAAAUAAUGAUCAAAAAACGAGAUUUGAAUGAAAUGUGUUUUAUUGAGUAA